UUGUGGCGAUUGUAAGCGUAGUGCUCGGCGACCCAGUACAAUUUCGGCGCUGAAACGGUACGGAUACGUAUAACGGAAGUGCAGUGAAAUUUUUUUUUUCAAAACGACUAUUCAUUUGUUGUGCUUAUUCGUCAUACAAAAUUUAGCGCUUAAUCAGCGUAUUAAAGUGUUUGAUUAAAUUUUUAUUGGCUUGUUGCUUAGUUAGUGUAAGAAAGCGCAAUUGAAAAUGCCAGUCAAAGUGCAAACACCCACCCAAAAUCAAAUCGUCGAGCUGCGAAAUUUGUUCAACGACAAAUACGAGCAAAGUCCACCCGCAGUGCCCUUUCAUCAUCUCGACCUCGAGCGGAUACGCAAUGGCGAUAUGUGGCUAACACGUUUCCUCGAGAUGUACGAUUUAGACAUGCAGACGUCAAUAGAUAAGCUAUGGGAAACCUGUAUAUGGCGGCAGCAAUAUGGCACGAAUGAACUAAACGAAAAUAAUUUGGUUAAGGAAUAUUUACACGAUGGCGUAAUAUUUGCACGCAACAAAGAUUUGGACGGCAAGACGUUGCUCAUAUUCCGCACCAAACUACACGUGAAAGGUACAAAAAAUAUGGACGAAGUAAUACGCGUCGUAGUCUAUUGGAUCGAACGCAUACAACGUGAAACGGAUAUGGAUAAAAUGACGAUUUUCUUCGAUAUGGCCGGCACUGGCGUGUCCAGCAUGGAUAUGGACUUUGUCAAGCGCAUUAUCGAGACUUUCAAAUUGUAUUAUCCGAAUGCGCUGAAUUAUAUAUUGAUUUUCGAAAUGGCUUGGGUGCUGAAUGCUGCUUUCAAAAUCAUAAAGGGUUUUCUGCCGGCCAAAGCGCUGGAAAUACUCAAAAUGAUAUCGAAGAAAGACAUUAAUCAGUACAUCGACAAAGCCAAUUGUCUCGCCAGUUGGGGUGGCAAUGACCUGUACGAAUUCAAAUUUGUGCCAGAAAAACUAAAGAGACCUACUACAUUGACUGUGAUAAGUAAUGGAGCGCUGCCAAGCGAACCACUCACCCCCGAAUCGCCGAAUGGUAAUGAAAAGAAGGUACACUUUGCUAACAACAACCGGAUGUACGCGGGAUCGGAAAUGCCGGAAUGUGAGCGAGGCUAUCAAACCUUGGAACCAAUGAGCACAAUGCUGCGAAUUUCUCCAAACGAUAAUAUAUACUUUAAUCGGGGCGAAAAUAGCGAGAGCUUAAUAGAAAUUACAUGUAUCGGAAAGCAGGCUAUAACCUAUAAGAUUCAAACAACAUCACCGGAAAAAUUUCGCGUCCGUCCACGUUGUGGCUACUUAGCACCGUCUGAAACGGUUUCGGUAAACAUUAUGUUGAAGCAGGACUAUCAUUUGGGUGAGGCGCCGAAGGAUAAAUUUCUCGUGAUGUGUAUGCCAGCGCCUGUGGGUAUAGAGCCGUCACAACAAAGUAUGAGUGAAGCGUGGAAAAUGAAACCCCAAAAUGGCAAUGAUGUGGAGCAACAUCGCUUAACCUGCAACUACAGAAGCGGUACAAGUGCUGCAAGUACACCCGGUACUUGUGCCUGUGGAAAAACAGCGUUCAGCGGUGGUCCGGAUGAGGGUUUUGCUUCUACGAAGAGUACCAACACUUCGGAUCUGUCAACACAAGCUAAACUCCUGGAGAGCCAAUUGAGAUUUACACAAAUUUUACAAUGCAUUACACUCGUGUUUUUACUGGGACUCUGCGUUGCAGUUGUUUAUCUGCUGAAGGCGCAACUCAAUCACAUGCCCGGCUGCAUCGGUGAUGAGGAAUGCCAUGCGGCAAGCAAUUGUCACAGUCGAAAUGCAUAAUAUUUACUUUCAAAAUGCAAUUCGACCAAACAGCACCUACUGAUCCCCACUGCCGCAGAGAAGCUACGUAGACGAGGUCAUGGUAGUAGUGGCGAGCACACAACUGCUUGCGACUGUAAUGCAGCAGCUGAUGAUGGCGACAUUGACUGCGGUGAUUUUGUCAUCGAUGGCGAUGCCAUGGAUUACGACGAAGCUGUUUUUGAUAAGGGCGGUGUGGCUGGUGGUGGCUACCUGCUUGGUCUAAUCGCAUUUGCACGUAAAUUCGCGCGUAUCAUAAUCACAAUUUCGAUGCUCUUC